CCGUCAAUUAGUCAGUCCCCAGGUGUUGCUGCUGACGUCACAAGUCUCCAGGUGUCGGCUGCUGCAGAUCUGUGAGUGCUAGGGCUCGUGCCUGACGUCAUCAGCUACCGUGCCAAUGUCUAAAAGGUCAUUGACCAGACCCUACCUGCUUGGUCGAUCUAACAGUCCCAGCUUUGAUGACCUACCUCAGCAACACCUCUCUGAGGAGCUGGACAUGGAGCAGAGCUACGUUGAGUUGGCCUCCGUCCCCAUAGACAAGUUGAGCACCAGCACCAUCCUCUCCCGCCCGUCCAACCUCUGCGUCCCUGCGGCCAGUCUCUCGCCACUCGAGCGCUUCUACCACUCGUACAUCGCCCAGUUUGACCUCCGUGAACCGGACUCGGGUCGUCGGGUCAAGGCCGCGAGGUACAUGAAGCGUAAAGCCUCAAGCUCCGUCUCAUCUGGCGGUAGUCUGGACUCCGUGCCCGGCCCGACAGCCAGCAAGGCGCUGGGCGAGCCCCUAUCUGUGUCCACACAGACAGAUCCGUCAGAACUUGGCAGCACUUCCGGUGGGAAAACGAAAGUAGACCGGAAAUGCUGCAGCCACAAGUUGAGCUGGCGAGUCGGCGAGUGCCAUAAACAUCCGGCUCUGGCCAACAUGGAGAAGCUGGGGAAGCUCUUCUACAACGAGCAGACCAAGCAAAUCGAGAUGGGUCGCAAGCCGGAGUGUCACACCUUUGAGCACUUGUUGCCCUCCAAGCUGGUCAGCAAGGGCUCGCACAUGAACGUCAGCCUCGCACGGGACCGUUUUAAAAUCAAGGACGAACAUGAGCAGUUCAGCAUCAACGGCAAGCACGCGCAGGUCAUCAUCGUGGGGGACCUGGAGCAGGAAGUCUGUGGGGCUGAGGCCACAUGCGCAGACUCAGAUGCGCAAGAGAACAAGAAAGUUAGCACGGACGCCCCCGUGUUCUCGGACAGCAAGAGGGCGCCCAUGAACAUCAGCGGCGAACACAUCUACAUCAACAUCGGCGGAGAGAACACGCAGAUCAAGACGUACAAGGACUACGGCACGGUCAACGUCCUGGGCAAGGAGGUCAAGGUCGCUCAGGAGACCCCAACAGACAAGCCAACUAUACACGACGCCGGUCACCCACUGACGCCUCAUGACGCCGGUCAUCCCUCGACGUCUGGUGACGCCGGUCAUCCCUCGACGUCUUCUGACGCCGAGGACAGGAAGACUCAGCCGGUACCUGACGGUGAGGUGUCAGGAGCCUCUUCUCAAGGUCAACCUGGGGUCGGGUGUACGGUGGCUGCCAAUGUGAAGGUCAACGAGUUAGAGGUCAGCGAGGUGAAAUCCGGUGCAGUGCUAAAGUUGACUGAUAUCCAAUUGGAUAUAAAUAUGGAUAAUAAAGAAGUGGAUGCAGCAGUAAAUAAAGACCUGGAUAAAGGGGUGGGUGGUAUAGAAGUGGAUACAUCAGUAAAUAAAGACCUGGAUAAAGGGGUGGGUGGUAUAGAAGAAGAUGUAGCUGUGGUUGAAGUGGAUAGAACUGACGAUGGUUUAAAGGUGGAUAACGUGGUGGAUAACGUGGUGGAUAACGUGGUGGAUAACGUGGUGGAUAACGUGGUGGAUAACGUGGUGGAUAACGUGGUCGAUAACGUGGUGGAUAACGUGGUGGAUAACGUGGUGGAUAACGUGGUGGAUAACGUGAUGGAUAACGUGGUGGAUAACGUGGUGGAUGCCGGUCAACUGGCCGCCCCAGUCGUGUGCGGGGAAGCGAUGAGGCCGACACAGGCGUACACGACCUUGAGAUACGAGCUAGACCUCGUGUCUCUGCCCUCAAGAAACGAGCUAGACCACGUGUCUCUGCCCUCAAGAAACGAGCUAGACCUCGUGUCUCUGCCCUCAAGAAACGAGCUAGACCUCGUGUCUCUGCCCUCAAGAAACGAGCUAGACCUCGUGUCUCUGCCCUCAAGAAACGAGCUAGACCUCGUGUCUCUGCCCUCAAGAAACGAGCUAGACCUCGUGUCUCUGCCCUCAAGAAACGAGCUAGACCUCGUGUCUCUGCCCUCAAGAAACGAGCUAGACCUCGUGUCUCUGCCCUCAAGAAACGAGCUAGACCUCGUGUCUCUGCCCUCAAGAAACGAGCUAGACCUCGUGUCUCUGCCCUCAAGAAACGAGCUAGACCUCGUGUCUCUACCCUCAAGAAACGAGCUAGACCUCGUGUCUCUGCCCUCAAGAAACGAGCUAGACCUCGUGUCUCUGCCCUCAAGAAACGAGCUAGACCUCGUGUCUCUGCCCUCAAGAAACGAGCUAGACCUCGUGUCUCUGCCCUCAAGAAACGAGCUAGACCUCGUGUCUCUGCCCUCAAGAAACGAGCUAGACCUCGUGUCUCUACCCUCAAGAAACGAGCUAGACCUCGUGUCUCUGCCCUCAAGAAACGAGCUAGACCUCGUGUCUCUGCCCUCAAGCUCCCACCCCAACGAAAAGUCGGAAGGUCAAGGUCAAGACGCGCCAGUGGCGUCAGAAGGUGACCAGGCAAGUGCGGAGUUCGAUGUGACCUCAGGGGUCAAACAGCUAACCAAUCACGUGACAGACAGUGAGGGGUCCAGCUGUGUUCUCAAAGAGUUUUCCUGCGAGGAGGAAGAAGAGACCUACGUGUGUGACGACAGCGGAUUGGUGGAUAUUUAUAAACUGAACAAGAGAGUGGCCUCUCAAAACCAUCAACUCAAAAAGUGUAUCAAAAAAUAUAGGGAUAAGACGGCCCGGCUGUUUCGGCUGGAGCUGUACAUGGACCAGCUACGGCUGGAGACGGAGGAGCUGAGAGAGAUGCUGGCCGGCAUUGACCGGCAGGGAGAGGCUCUCCGGUGUCAGGCGGCGGAGAUGAGGUGUACGGUCACGGCGGUCUGUGAUCUAGCAGUGGCCACCAUCAGUAAAGAGAGCGACGCCAAACGUCUAGAGCCGGCCUGCUACCGACGCUACACCAACAUCCGGUCGCCUGCUGACGCCACGGCAGCACUCGCUGCGGUCAGAAGCCGCCUGAAAGCCUUGGGCGAGCUGGAGGUUUUGAUCUACCGGAAACAGCUGGUGCUGCAUCACGUUCUGCCGACCUUGACCCAGGAAAAACCUCCAACAUCCAAGCGAGCCAAUCGCCUGGCCCACAAGACCGCUAAGAAUAAGCAAGGGGAAGCUACCAGCGCCAGUCCUACUGCUGUUGGCAACAUCGUUAUUGAGGUCGUCUCCCCUCUCGUUGAAAUCAAUCCCCAGAGCUGGUCCGAUGAUGCCAGCCGCACGGACUCCCCCGUCACGGCGCCGACACCAGAACCCCCGGACAACCUCCUGCUGCAAGGCACACUGGUCUAAGGUCAAGGUCAUGGCUGUUGGGUCAAAGUCGCUGCAGGUCAAGGUUGUACAAAUGCAAGCGUCCGCGAUAACAA